UAUAACCGGACUGUGUAAAAAUGGAUCGGCCAAGUCUUCCAGCGGAACCAAUGGGUGGCACCCCACCGCCAGAGCUGGAUCAGGAGGCCCUGCUGCCCCUAACACAGAGACGCCUUAAGCCGUACUUGAAGAAGUUCAUGCAACCCGAUUCGGAUGAGGAAGAUUUUUACGGCGAUCCCAAGCAGUUGUACAAUGUGAACGAAUCUUGGCGCACAUUGCUUUCGCUGCCCACAUGCCAGAAGGUCAUGAUCACUCAAAAGGUGCAGAAGGCACUUAAGGUCGAGGUCGGCGUCAAUGUAACGCAGGAAUUUCCAUGGAAGCAGGUACAAUUCAAGGAUCUGCGGGACACUCUCUUUGAGGAGCUCGAAAAUGUUGCAGAGCUUAACAAGCUCUUCAAAGGAUUCAAUCCCGAGCACUAUAUACUGAUAGGAUACUGUCCCACACUAACUGAGCAGGACGACGAUCCUCCUGAGGGCGAUCCAUUCAUAUUCUUUAUUAGCGGCAAAGAGGCCAAGCUGGCCAUGGGAAUUAUACAGAAUAUGGAGGCUUUCGAGCGCUGGCGUAUGCGUCGCCGUCUGCGAAAGAAGCCUCGUCGCUGGGUCAGUCAUGGUACCGAAGGAGAGAUGAACAUACUUGUCCAGCAGCUAAAGGACGAGCCUGUGGAUGUGGAAAUUCAAAGCGUGUAUCCCAUACAGCAGCCAAAGCCGGAAAUUUUCGGAUAUCGCAUGGCACGAGAUGUGCGCGAUGGCGUUAUAGAGUUGCUGCCGAAUGAGAAUAUCAAAUUCGAUAACAUAACCCGACGUCGCAUUACAAUCGGCGUACAGUCGGCUCCGCGGCGAGUCGAUCGCGAGCAGCAAACGAAUCCUACAUUUCCAUCCAAUGCCUGGUCGCAGUACCUUUACGAAAUUGAUGACGCGGAUCUUGAGCUUGAUGAGUCCGAUGUCGAAGAGGAUGAAGAAAAGAAAAAUACAAGCAGACCUUCCACAGGAAACACUGAGAAAUCAGAAAAACCACCACCUGAGAUGUCGGACCAAAUCAUGUUGCUUCUAAACACACUCGAGUUUAACCAGAUAGAUGGAUACCGGAACGAUUACCAACUCAUAUCGGCCAAUAAAGUCGUACACUACACAAGCCCAUAUCUGCAGGAGUUCAUCUGCUUUGCCAACAUUUCGAAGAGUAACAAACGUUUCGUGGCCGGCUACGAUUGGUAUCCAAAUCUUUCUGGACUGAUUGCUGUCUCGUAUGCGUUUAGCACCCCCUGCACCAUAAACGAGGCUUCCAAGCGUGUUGACUGGGUACAGCGAGCUGUACUUGAGCCCAAUCCCGUGCUGCUUUGGAGCUUCUCCGAUAACCUCAAUUAUAAGUUGGAGUUUGAAUCGCCCUUUGAAACAACCGCACUUUCCUUCUGUCCCUACGAUGGUGAUUUUCUGUUUGGAGGCUGCAAGAACGGCCAACUGGUCGUCUGGGAUCUUCAAGGACGUUGCGAACGCCUAGAAAAUGAGGAAUACUUGACCGCUGCUCAGGCUAAAUACCGCACAUUGAUUCAGGAGUACCUGAACUGGACGAUAGACCUAGACGAGGACGUGGUCGUACCGCCGGCUACUAUCUCCCCGUUGGAAAAUUCACCACGCGGUGUCAUUACUGGUAUCUAUUGGCUCAGCAAUCAUUUUUAUAUCAACAACUAUGGCAAGGUAUACAUCGACCCAGAUAAGCGCCAGAAACAUAAGUUCUUUGUUACUUGUUGCAUCGAUGGAACCAUCAGCUUCUGGAAUAUGAACGCGCCCGUAUCCAAGAAAGAUAAAGAGAAGCAAAUGCGAACUAAGAUGCUUCCAAAGGAGCUCACACAAAACGAAUCUACGUUUAAGAGCAAGACGCUCAAGCCGACCUAUAACUUGUGGUUCAAUGAGCCAGUUACUUCAAUCAUAGCUGACACUUCGGUGUUUUCCAUUCAAACGCCAAGUAUUAGAGUAAUCAAUGCUAGCCCAGCCAAUUAUCCGAUAUCUCUGCUGCCAAAAGAUCCACCUUCUUUUCGCCAAUCAAUGAUUGUGUCCACCUUUUAUGGCCGAAUCCAUCGCGUCGAUUGGCAGGGCAUGUACACGGAUGGCGACAUCAAAGAGCAGGUUAACAGCUCCCUGCAAUUCGCCAUGGUGCACGACGGUCCUGUGGUGUGUAUGCGCAAGAAUCCCUUCUAUCCGGAGUUGUUCGCCUCGAUUGGACGUAACGUGUUCGCCGUGUGGAAGGAGGACUACAACUAUUCGCCUAUAUUUUGGCGCAAACGUCCUUGUGAUCUAACAUCAGUGGCCUGGAGCGAGACGCGCCCAGCUGUCCUCUAUCUGACGCGCAUCGAUGGUAUUCUGGAGGCCUGGGACAUUUUGGCUCGCGACGACGAUGCCUGCUUAAGUGAGAUCUUAGGCGGCGGCAUUAUUACGGGCAUUACGGAGCACAGACCCUCACUGCCAUACAAAAUUCUUGGCAUUGGAGACUACAACAGCAGCAUACGUAUGGUCAAGUUGCCACACACAUUCGACGUGCCACUGGACAACGAACUCGCAAAAGUGAUGGAAUAUGUAUUAAAACAAGAACGCCGCAAGGUCAACAUACAGUCCUGGGAGCAAAAAUACUACGAACUAAACAAGGAUAUUAUCGAAGCAAAGCGGGAGGCGGAGCAGGAUGCUCGCCGGGAAAUGGAGAGAAUCGAACGUGAAGAGCAGUUGAAUGCGCGUAAGCGCCAGGCAGAUGAAGAUGAGGCAGCGGCGGCCAAGAAUAAGCCGCUUAGCAGCAUGCCAUACAAUGAGCGCAUGGCUCAUCUGUGGGACGAGUUAAAUUUAAAUCGAAUGGUAACAAUUCUAAUGUCGCGCAAACAAAUGGAUCCCGAAAAAUUGGCACGUGAGACAGCACUGGAGAAGGAACGCUUGGCAUACGAGGUCUCCAAAAAGGAGUCUCAUGCCCAGCUGCUCACUACUGUGGCCAAUGAUGUGGCUAACAUCCGUGCCCGCAUUCUGCCAGCCGAGAUUCCCGACACGCAGCGUAGUGAAAUGAUUCAGGAGCGCAUCAAUAAUGAGUUAGCGAAGGCUGACAGCUACGAAAAGGUGGAGGAAGAGGCCUUCGAAACACUCCGAAAUUUUUCCGAGUUCGAGCGCAUCGAUUAUAUAGAGUUCCUAGAACGCGGUCGUCAACGCCGACAGUUGUUGGAUCAGUCCUUGGGAGGCAACACGGAGCGCAUACAUUGGUACAACGAGAAGACUCGCGACCUUUCGAUCUACGAUUGCAACUUUGGAUACGAUUUUCUCUACUCCUCGUCUGCAAUUCCAAAUAACCCCAGCGUAUCUACUGUCGAUUAUAGACCAUCUGAUGUUUUAAAUUUUGAUGAUCACUCACCAUUGUAGAGCAAACAAGUAUUAUCAAAUAGAAAAGCAUUCGUUAAAUUUAA